GAGGACCUGGCGAACGGACACUUAAAAGCACUCGACAAGAUAUCUGAUAAGGGUUGGCAUGGAUUCAAUGCAAUCAAUUUGGGCACCGGUAGAGGCUAUACAGUUCUCGAGAUAAUCAAAGCGUUUGAAUCGGCGAAUGGCAUCAAAAUUCCGUACAAAAUAGUGGACCGAAGGCCGGGAGAUGUGACGGCACUCUAUGCCGACUCACAGCUAGCGCUGGAAAAGCUAGAGUGGAGGGCUGUUAGGAGUUUGCAAGAGAUGUGCGCCUCUGCCUGGAAAUGGCAGUCAAACCAUCCAAACGGAUAUAACACCAAAAAAUAA